AUGGAAGGCCUCAGAGACGAACCCACAUUCAUGCUCUUCGUUGUGAUGAGCCUCAAGGGCACACAUAAUUCUGCUUGGCGAUUUUACAGUAAAAGUUACUUCCAAAGUCAUGUGAUGUUUGAUGAAUUGGCCUUGGCUCCGGGCCACAGGAACUACUGGACGAACGACAGACCUGUUCGAGACCGACAUUCGAGGGAGGCUUGA